AUGUCUGAGCAAAAUAGGGGCAUUGGUGACCCAAGCCCUCUCACACGUAAGAAGCAGAGGAGGAUAAAGAAGUUACGCAAGGAUAUCGCCGAAACAGAAAAGAUUUAUCCCGAUCCACGAAACGCCCGAGCGACCAAAUCCACCACUAUCGAAAGCUCAAUGGCGAAUGCUACGAGCAGACAGAACACGGAAACGGGUCAUGGUGAUGAUAGAACACUGGCGGUACGCAUACGUGAGGCUGGCAGGCUACUAUUAGCCGGAGAGCUUGAGGAUUUCGAAGGUGAAGAUCCGUUACUCAGAAUGGUGUGUGGCUACCACGCUGAAGGUACGAUGCAAGCAGAAGACAAAGACCGUAAGCAAACAGACCAGGAGGCUGGGGAAGACAAGGACGGCAAUAGCACCGGUGACCAGAACGCGAAUGUACCACCUCAAAGGGAGUUCACCCGCCUAGAUCACGGGAAGAUCACUACGGCACGAGACAAAGGCUGGUAA